AUGGCAGCCAUGGCAACCUCUGUAAUGUCAAUCAGAGUGUUGGCCAACCGCCCUGCACUGCUGGUUGCGAGGUCUGCGGCCCGCCGCCCUGCCAGUGCCACAAGCAGGGCCGCCCGCCUGGUGGUGCGCAGCGCUGACGACGCCUCCGCCGAAGCCGCCGGCAGCGCGGUCGCCACGGCGGUGCCCGAGCAGCAGCCAGCCAGCUCCGGCGGCGAUGCCCCUAUUGCGGCCCAGCCCGAGGCGCUGCCCGAGGUGGAGCUGGAGUAUGUGGAGCCCAGCGGCGGGCAGAAGGCGUGGACCAGCACCAAGGUGGCCUUUGCCCUCCCGUGGCGGCGCUUCAAGUCUGGCUCGGCGCUGGUGCUCAAGGUGUCUGGGCAGAUCGCAGAGCAGCCGCAGGGCCGCUUCUCCCAGACCGUGUCGCUGCCGGCACUGUGCGACUGCCUGAAGAAGGCGGCGCUGGACCCGCGGGUGGCUGGCGUGGUGGUCAAGAUCGAGCCGCUGGCGUGCGGCUGGGGCAAGCUGCAGGAGCUGCGCCGUCACGUGGAGUUCUUCCGCAAGAGCGGCAAGUUCAGCAUGGCUUAUAUGGAACGGGCGGGAGAGAAGGAGUACUACCUGGCGUCCGCGUUUGAGGAGGUGUACGCGCCCCCCAGCGCAUCCCUCUCGCUGCGCGGCAUGUCUGUCAGCGGCACCUUCCUGCGCGGCGCGCUGGAGAAGGUGGGCAUCGAGCCCGAGGUGCGGCGCAUCGGCGUGUACAAGUCGGCGGGGGACCAGCUGCUGAGGACGGACAUGAGCGAGGCGCAGCGGGAGCAGCUGAGCGCGCUGCUGGACGACAUCUUCGGCGGCUUUGUGGCUGACGUGGCGGCCAGCCGGGGCAAGACGGUCGAGGAGGUGGAGGAGUUCCUGGACUCGGGCGUGUAUGACAUGGAGGAGUUUAAGCGGCGCGGCUUUGUGACCGACCUGCUGUACGAGUGCGAGCUGGAGGAGGUGCUCAAGGCGCGCACUGGGGGCAAGGAGGACGAGCUGCCCAAGGUCGGGUACCGCAAGUACAAGAGCGUGCGCCCCUCCACCUUUGGCUUCACCGGAAAGAAGGCCGUGGCCGUCAUCAGGGCCUCCGGCGCCAUCACCGGCACCAGCAACGGCACGGGCGGCAGAAUCACCAGCGGCGAGGUCAUCGCGCAGCUGCGGUCGGUCAAGAAGAACAAGAAUGUGGCGGCGGUGGUGCUGCGCAUCGACUCCCCCGGCGGCGAGGCGCUCGCCUCCGACCUGAUGUGGCGGGAGGUCCGGGAGCUGGCAAAGACCAAGCCGGUGGUUGCCAGCAUGGCCGACGUGGCGGCCUCUGGCGGCUACUACAUGGCGAUGGCGUGCAGCAAGAUCGUGGCAGAGCCGCUCACAAUCACCGGAAGCAUUGGCGUCGUGACAGGCAAGUUCAACCUCAAGUCGCUCUACGAGAAGCUGGGCUAUGCCAAGGAGAACAUCAGCAAGGGCAAGUAUGCCCAGCUUCUGGCGGAGAACAAGAAGUUCACCCCUGAGGAGGAGGCGCUGUUUGAUGCCAGCGCCACCCACGCCUACGAGAGCUUCCGCGACAAGGCGGCGCUGAGCCGGGGCAUGAGCGUUGAGGCGAUGCAGGAGGUGGCGCAGGGCCGCGUGUGGAGCGGGCAGCGGGCGGCGACGCUAGGCCUUGUGGAUGCGGUGGGCGGCAUCUCCCGCGCCCUGCAGCUGGCCAAGCAGGCGGCGGGGCUGGCGGCGGACGAGGGCGUGCGCGUGCUGGAGCUGUCGCGUGCCAAGACCUCUCCGCUGCAGCUGGUCGCCGGCGGCGGCGCCUCGCUGCCCGCGGCCCUGGGCAUGCUGCUGAUGCAGGCUGUGCUCGCCGGCGGCUCGGCGGGGCAGGGCGCGGCGGCCACCAGCGCGGCGGCGGGCGCGCCGCUGCUGGUGCAGGCCCUGGCCAGCGCAUUGGCGGGCGCUGGCGCCGGUUCCAUUGCGGCAGAGGGCAUUGCCGGCAUCCCGGCGGCAGGCGCAGUCCAGGCGCAGAUGCCUGACAUUGCUGUGGAGGGUGUGGCGUCGCAGGCGCUGCUCAGCCAGGCGGGGGCGCAGGCGGCCAGCAGCCCGCUGUUUGAUGAGGAGUGAUAGGAAGCAGAACGAAUGCAGCCGGCUGGGCCGCGAACGAAUGUGCAUGAAACACCCAGCUCUGAACAUUUGAUUUGAUUGGUUCGAUUUGAUUCGAUUCUGCUUCCGGCCCAUUGAUUGCCAUCUUUACUUGUAAAGUAGCUGUUUUGGC